AUGUCGUCACCGUACUCGCCGCCGACAGCUGCCGUCACGGACAACUCGCAAGACGAUGCCUUUCUCGAGAAGGACCUGGCACUACUGAUGGCGGCGCUGCGGCUCAACAACAGCGAUGACUGGGCUGGAAAGCCGCAGCAGGAGACAUUCCGUGUGUACGAGACGGUGCCGCCUGCGGUUACGCCCCAGCCUUCCUCCUGCAGCGCGGAUGUGGGUGACGCAGCACGAGGCUCAUCGCCGCACAACUCUGAUAAGAGCGAUGCCAGCAGCGACUCUCUAAACGCCCUCAUGGCUGACUACGUGCAUGCGGUGCGGGCCCUGCAUGCCUUCGAUGCACGAACGGCAGCCGACGGCAUCCGUGAGAGCGUCACUGCAGAGGCAGGUCACACGGGAGGUGGAGUGGUGGACGCGGAGGCGGAAGCAACGACGCCUUGUAAGGCAGCAGCCGAUGAUGGCAGCUGCUCGGCAGCCAACACCAAAUGCGCUGAUGCGGCCGCACCGGUCGACAUGGCAGAGCCGCUGGCGGUGCUGGAUCCCCUGCCAUGUCUAACGAUAGAUGCACAAGGAGAAGAGAGCUGA